UACGCAGCUGUUAGCAGAGCUCAGCGCAGCAGGAUCCAGUCACUAAAGGAAGAGCACUCGAUAAGGAGUUCUUUAUUACAAAGUGUGUCAAAAAUCAAGAUGCCCUUUGCCAGUGACAAACUUUAUGACGUUUAUUUGCGGCGGAAUAUGCCGACCAUUGUGAGCAGGGUGAAAGUCAGGGAAAUAAUGCCCCACCUUUCCUGCCUGACGUCUCAUGACAGGGAAAACAUAGAGGCGAAGCGGGAAACGUCUGGGAACUACGACGGCAUGGUGCUUCUUCUGGAUUGUCUAAAGAGAAGAGAAAACUGGCCGGAGCAGUUCAUCCAGGCUCUGGAGGCGUGUGAGCAUACAACCCUAGCAGCUGAGAUCAGAAAAGAAUACGAAUCUCUGCAAAGCAUUCAACAUCCCAGUGCUGACUCAGCUCCAAAGACUGUUGUCAGGGCUCAUGUCCACCCAGCACCAGCUGCCAGUAAACUCCCCAUUUCAGAGAGCAGUGGAACUGGUCAGGCUGCUGCUGCUCAGCCAGCAGAAACACUCCCACCUCCUGUCCACACUCCUGCACAGCAGCAGGUCCCCCAGGUGGCAGCUGUCCAGGCUUCACAGACUGUUUCCCCGCCAGAGCCCCCGCAGUCAGUCCUGCAGGAUGAAGUUCCACCUCUCCCCUCCACACCUCCUCCUUCCCCUGAGAUUCAGCACCCUCAAGUAUCUGAUGUCUGGCCGCUACUGGGGAGAAACGCUCCUCACCAAGAGCCAGAGGAAAACUCUGAAUCAGAUAUCCGGGAUGCUUCCGGCGAUGCUAGCUCAGUCCCACUGGAGACGAGUUUGGGAGAGGAAGAAGCCGUGGUCGGUGUUGUGACCUCCCCUCAGCAACCUUUAGUCCCACACAGUGAAACAGCGACAUUACUGGCUCCAGAUCCUCUGCAAACCGGCGUCACUACAAAUGACAAGCAGCUGCAGCAGCCAUCUUUAACACCAAUAAACUCUGACGAAUCGUCUCUUUUUACUCUGACACCAGAGAAACAUCCUGUCCAGGACACCACUCCACCAGUCCACCAGGUUCCUACAGCUGCCCUGCACCCUGAGGAGAGCCCAGAGCAGGCAGCUGAGCAGAGCGUUAAAAGCAAACUGCAGGCGGAUGCUGCAGUUGGUACCUCUCCCGAGCCGCGUGUGGAAAGGAGGAACAGAGUUAAUGAAGAUGAUGUCGAGAACACAAUGUGCCUGAGCAAACCCACCCAACUCCUCAGCGUCUACCCAGAAAAUACCCCCUCUCCUUCUGCUGAGGCAUCCAACGCCCUAGAGCAGCCUUACUCCGGCAACAGCGGGCGUCUAGAAAUAAGCGAGGCUGCAUCGGACGCUGCCUCCACUGCUGUCGGUGCUAACCUUGGGAAUGCAGUGUCAGUGCAGGAGAACGGGAUCGCUCCCGACCUCAGCCAACCAGAGGAGAAUCACUACGAGUCUCCCAAUCAGAGCUUUGAGGUGAGGGAGAACGUGGUCCAUCUGACAGAGAUGCCUUCAAUCCCUAACCUCGACGCUCCAGUUCAGCAACCUCAAAUCGUCAACGGAGAACCGGCUAAAGCAGGCUUUUCUUCAACGCCGACGUCCGCCAAGGCUGCAGAUGAUUCUGAGGCAAGUUUAAGGAGCCAUCACAGUGAGAGCUACACGCCAGCGGGUGCUGGUGCUUCUGACAGCGUUUCAGAGCAAAAAUCAGUACCAAAUCCCACUCCUGACCAUGCAAAUAGAAAUUACUUGAUUGGGGCUGCUGCAGGGGUUGCAGCCUUGGCUUUCUUUUUGAUGAAGCUUAAGAAUUGAGGGGUUGAAUAUUGUCAAAGACAGAGAAUAAACUGUAAGAAUACAGUCUGAUACUCAUCAGGGCUCAGUCCCUUCCUGUAAUCCCUGCACUAAGGGAGCAGGGGGGGAGCAGUUUAAUAAUUACCAAAUGAUAGCUGACAUGCCAGACCUUUGAUCAUGUCAUUAAUUUAUAUUGUGGUGUUUGUUGGUGAAAGACUUUGACUUUAGGUUAAA